UAUACGGAUAUUUUACUUUUAUUUAGAUUCAGAUAUUAGAUAUUGCAAUGGAUAUUGACUUUUUAUUUUUACUUCUUCAGAUUGAAUGAUGAAUGCAUCCUCUACAGGAAUCAAACGCGGCAUCAUUAAACGUUCGCAUUCUGAUUCGGACGAUGCAAUUGAUUUGGCUCUAGCCAAAUUUUUCUUCGGCUGCAAUGUGUCAUUCAAUGUUAUCGAAUCUGAAGUAUUCAAGAGCUUCAUACAUCUUGUCAAACCGGAUUAUAAGAUUCCAUCAAGAAAAAAACUAUCCACUCAUUUGUUGGACAAGGUUCACAAUGAAGUAAUGUCGAAAUCUGUAAAACAAACUGAAACCACAGGUGUAUUGUUGAUUGAUGGUUGGAAAAAUUCUGCUGCAAAUACUAAACUGGUUGCCUGCACAAUACAUACAGUGACGGAAGGCAGUUUGUAUCUCAAUUCAUGGGACUUGACAGGCUUCAAAGAAACAGGAAAUGCAUUGGCAAAAAUUGUGGAUGAAGCAACAGAGAUCGCUCGGACCAGAUACAACAUUUCUAUUUAUGCAGUUGUAUCAGACAACGCUUCUGCCAUGCUGCUAAUGGGGAACUUGGUGAACUUGUGGCAUGUUACCUGUGCUAGUCACAGUGCUAAUUUAUUAGCAAAGUCGUUGGUGGAUGCCAAUUUUGCAGAAUCCAUAAAUAAAUUAUUAAGGCGAUUCAAGCAGUCAGGUCCAGAAAAGGAAAUCAUAAAAAAUGGAGGACAAAAAAUAAUUUUAGCAUGUGAAACUCGGUGGUGCAGCUACAGAGAUGCAUUUCGCUGUUGCUUACGAAAUUUGACGAUUAUGCGUGAAAUGGUGAAAAAUGAGAAAAUUACCCUCAAGAAUGAUAUAUCAGAAAUAUUGUGCAGUAAAGACUUUGAACAGACGCUACAGAAUUACAUUAUGAUAUUUGAUCCUGUGUGUGAACUAAUAAAUAAAUGCCAACGAUCUGAAACCAACAUCGCCGAUGCCUGUGAAGAGUGGUUCAAAUUAAGACUACCAACGGUUGAUGAUGGCUAUGAAAAAAUAAUCGAGGAAAGACUAAAAAAAGUCCUGAAACCAGCCAUCUUGACUGCAAAUUUUCUGCAUCCAGUUUACAAAGGUAAACGUUUCAUGCAUCAAGAGGAGUAUCGCGACGAGGUCCACAACUUCCUGAAGAAAGAAUUGAGGGCGGAGAACCUCCGUGAUCAUUUUGGCGUACAGUCGUUUCUCGAUUGCAAAGGCAUUUUCCAGACUUUAAAUACGAAAAAUCUUACUUCUCCUCAAACGUAUUGGUUUUUAAUUGAAAAACAGUAUCCUGAUUUAGCCAAUUUGGCACAGAAAUUAUUGAAAAUUCCAUCAUCCUCAGCUGAAAUCGAACGUUUAUUUUCACAUUGGUCUUUCGUUCAUUCUGAUAUACGAAAUCGAUUAACCAUUGAGCGGUCACAGAAACUCAUCCAGAUAUAUUAUUCAAUGAAGACGAUGGAUAAAUUGCACGGUCACGAUGAUGACGACUUUGAUUGUGUUUAA